AUACAUAUCACACUUCAGAAUUUGCUUAAACAGCGUCAAACAAUGCUGCGAAGUGGUCUCACGUUUGCACUUCUGGACUGAACUAACGCGGCACCUAUCGCGUCUACAAGUUCAUGCUCAAUUUUCAUUCAGGUUAUGACUCCAGCACUAUUUUGCUGCUAUCUACUGCCUUAGCUUUCUCACGCAACUUUAAAAGGCGGUCUCCAAUAUAAUGUUGUGGACUUCUGAUCUGUUAUCAUCGGCUAAAAACUGAGGUUCAAGCACCGGUCUGCGUCUACGUGUACUGGCGAGGCAGGAAAAUCCACUUUCUUCAAACAAAUGCACAUCAAUUACGGCGGAGGUUUUUCACCUGAAGCUCGUCUGGAAUAUAAGCGAGUCAUACAUCAGAAUAUUCUGACAGCGAUGCAGUCGAUGCUGAAUGCCAUGAAUGUGUUGAGAAUACCAUACGAUAAAAUAGAAAAUGCGCUGAUGGCAAAUAGCAUUUUGAUCGCCAAUGUUGACGCCAUAACAGAAUUGGACGAGAUGAUUUUGUCAGCCAUAAAAUGUCUGUGGGCCGAUACGGGCGUACAACAAUGCUAUGAACGACGAAGGGAAUAUCAGAUAAUUGAUUCGGCGAAAUAUUUCCUUGACAUGUUGGAUCGUGUCACACAGCCCGAUUACGUUCCCACAGAUGAUCACAUAUUGCAUUCACGUGUGGUUACAACUGAAAUAGUGGAGCACGUUUUCGAUACAAAUAAAAUGAAACGUACUAGUAACAAACGACCGUUACUACGAGUAAUAGAUGUUGGUGGACAACGAUCUGAACGACGAAAAUGGUUACAGUGUUUCGAUGAUGUGACAGCUCUCAUAUUUCUAACAUCGCUCUCAGAAUACGAUCAGACAUUAAGCGAAGCCAAAGGUUUGAGUCGCAUGGAGGAAUCCAAGAGCCUCUUUCGCGCCAUUUUAUCAACUAGCUAUUUUCGUUCAUCUUCGAUUAUUCUAUUUUUAAAUAAACAAGAUUUACUGGAAGAGAAAAUAAUGACCUCACACUUAGUGGACUACUAUCCGGAGUAUGAAGGUCCCAACCAGAAUGCGGGCAGUGCAAAACAUUUCAUACGCCAAAUGUUUGAGGCAUUGGUGGAUAAAAACCGUAAAAUUUAUCCACAUUAUACAUGCGCCACUGAUACGAGAAAUUUUCGCGUCGUAUUUCUGGCGGUACAGGAUACAAUAAUGAGCCAUUACCUGGAAUCAAUAGGCAUCAAUUAAGCGACGGCCUUUAAGUCUUAGCAAAA